AUGCAGUUCAAGAGCCUUCUCGUCACCUCCCUCAUGGCAAUGGGUGCCAUCGCCGCCAAUAAUGGCAGUGAUAUUGCUCCCAGCGUCCAGGGCCGCAUCGCCCAGCUUGAUCUCGGUUUCAAGCAGACCGAUGUGCUGCUGAACAAGUUGAAGAACAACAUCGGUGGAAUCACCGCCGACGACAUCGUUGUCGCCUACAGAGAGGUCGUUGCCCGUGAGGCGACCGACAUGAUGAUGCCCCAGCCUUGGAAGGCUCUGGGGGACUCCCAGCAGAUGGUUAUCUGCCAGUCCUUCCACUCGCUUGCUCUGACUGGCCUAGAUCUGAACGCCGACUUCACCUUCAGCGCCAACUACUUCAACCAGACCCAGCGCCACGAUCUGCAGCACUCCCUGAACAAGGUCACCGAGGAGACUAGCGACUUCGUCAAAAAUGUCGCCAAGACCGCCGUUCCGUACUGCCUGGACAUCAUCCAGGAGGACAACAAGGCGAUCUACAAGUCCAUUCGUGACGCUCGCCAGGCCCUCUCUGCUUAA